GGCGUCGAAAAAAAUGCUAGAACCCCUGGUCCGGGGAAGUAGUUAUUCCUGUGCCAACAACUGUGCAAUCGACGUGUUCAGAAGAGCAUAGGACGAGUCAGUGAUAAAGAUGGGGCAGAAGGUAUCACGGAGUCUUCCUAAGACAGCUAGCAAGACCGUUGGUGUUGUUAGCAAGAGAAUGGAGGCAAAGGGCAUCAGCGUGCCAGAUCCUCUUGUGAACAACGAUGUGCCCAAGACACACGAGGAAAGAAACACCAACGCUGAUCAGUUCGCAAACCGUAUAAGAGUGGACGAGAUUCCUCUGAAGCUUGAUGAGAACCACCCUGCUCUGAAGACACUACGAAACAGAAAGAUCCUUGACGAUGCCUUGAAGCAAGACACCCAGGAGACCGUCAGACCUGGCACGUUCGUUGCCAUUGUCGAUGAUCUGCAGCACUAUUCGAUGGAAGAGGUCCAGCAGAGGUAUAAGCUUACGGAUGAGUUUGUGAGGAUCUUGAAGAAUGCACGCUUCUCCGUACCUCCAAGAGUUGAAGUUGCCGAGGAGAAAAAAUCCCCGGAAGAGCGGGCAAAAGAGGAGGAAGACUUCCUCAACAGAACCGUUGAAGCUCCUUCCCCAGUUGAGAAUGCCCUCGACCAGCUGAUGCGUCCCAAAUGAGCUUUGCUUUUGUAUUGUGAUAGGUAUAGAUCUAACAUUCAAGUAUAACUGUACAUAUAUGAGAGGAUUGGCCUUGUACCUCUGCUUUUGAAUGGAAUAAACUGCCC